AUGGAUGCCAUAACAUUCCUUUUCAUGCUCCUGCAAAGCCUCAUCCAGUAUCUGCGUCCUGUAAGUGAUGUUUUGGAUGAGGAGACACAUCUGCGCAUGGAGCUGCGUGCAAAGCGCUUGGAGCAGAAGAGAAUUCAGCUGGAUCGGGAGGAAGAGCAGCUCGCCCUGAGGCAGAAUGAUGUGGUGCAGUACUUGCUGCUAAUAUCUGUUGCUCUGCUUCUGGUCCUUGUCUUGGUCAUGUGGUUUAUGGGGCAUAAAAGGAGGCUGAGGAGGGAGGAGAAUGAAGAUGAAAAUGGGAGUGCAAAUGAGGAAGAAGUUGUUGGAAAUGAAGUGGAUGAUCACGUUCAAGAUAACAUAGGAAGGAGACUGGUGGAGCGCAUCCAGUGGCCUGUACAGAACCUGCUGGCUGGCUGCGAGUGGACAACUGACCUGAUGGACAAUUAUACCAUUUACUUUGGUCAUGUCUUGUCAAACAGUUUCUACCCAGUCCUGCAACGAGCCAUCGGGGUGGGCAGUGCCUUUGAAGGUUGGAGUCCCCGCGAGCAGGACGUUGUGUACCGCGUGCUCGUCCCCAUGACCCCUCCCCGAGGCCACAGCUUCCACCUGGAGCUGGACACUGCAGGGCACGCGCAGGUGAGGAACUUCCGUGUGCGCGUGCAGCUGGAGUGCACCUGCACGAGGGAGCAGCAGGGCGACAACAUGCUGUGCUUCCUGCACCACCCCAAGGAGGAGCUGAGGAGGAAUCAGGAUCCCAGCCUCCUGGACACCCUGUGCACCGGCUCCUACCUGGACGUGCAGAAAACGGCCCGCUGGUUCUGCCAACUGGUGAGAGCAAUCUGGCCAGCUUUGCCUCAGUCACACAGUUGGCAUUUAACGCUGCUGCCCUCCAGACGCUCCUGCCAGUUCAAGGUGACCGAUGGAGAAGAGAGCUUCAGGAUUGAGAUGUUGUUUGGGGUAAGGAGAGGCGACUCAGACAUCUUUGUCAGCAGCCAGCCUAGAGAGGCCCAUACCCCAAACACAACCUGGCCUGAGACUUAUGCUGUGGCAGAGAUGAAGUUCUUCAAUCACCUUGCCAGGCAGGCCCCCCCCGACAGUUUGCACCUCAGAUGCCUGCAGCUCUUUUCCCAUCUCCAGCUGGGCAUAGGCUUUUCCACCUACACCAUGAAGACCAUCGUAAUGCACCUCCUGAACACCAUUCCUGUGUCACAGUGGUGCAGGAGACAUUUCCUGAGGCGACUGAUAAAUAUCAGUGAGAGUCUGCGCUUCUCCCUGGAAGAUAAAUGCCUCAACCACUUUAUUGUGGGCAAUCGGAGGCUUCCUGAAGAGAUCAGCUUGCCCCCAGAUGUUCUAAUGGCUGAGCCUCCCAACUUCUUCCAACGCCUGGCAAUGGAUCCAGCUGCCCAUUUCCAGGCCAUAGGCGAGUACCUGGAUCUGCAACGUCAGCUCCUAACAAUCCUUAAUCCUGACAAUUGA